AAUAAUUUAAAUGAUUUAAUUUUAUUAUUAACAUCAUUAAUAGGUUCAUUUUUUAUUUUAUUAAUUUCACCCAUUUUAUAUUUUUAUCAGGUAAAAGAUAACAAACAAUUUAAAGAUCCUAAAACAAUUGUAAUUACAGGAGCAUCAAGUGGAUUAGGAAGUUCAUUAGCAAUAGAAUAUUCAAUUAAAUCAAGAGGUAUUAAACUUGGAUUGGUUGGUAGAAAUAAAGAGCGUUUAGAAAAAGUUAAAGAUGAAUGCGUUAAAAAUGGUGCUCAAGUGGAAAUGGCAUUAAUUGAUAUUACAGAUAAAGAGAAAUUAGAAAGAUGGUUAUUAGAUUUUAAUGAAAGAAACCCAAUAGAUAUUGUUUAUGCAAAUGCAGCAGUCACUGAAUUGACAUUAAAUAAAGAUUUAAAUUUCAGUGAUAGAAUUUAUAAAACUAUUGAUACCAAUGUUUAUGGUAUUUUAAAUACAGUUUUACCAAUAUUACCAUCAUUUCAAGAAAAAAGAAAUGGACAGGUAGUUAUUGUAUCAAGUUUAGCAACCAAUACCAACUUCGUUUAUGCAGGCUAUACAGGCUCAAAAGGAUUUGCAACUUCAUUUGCAUUAACACUUAGAAAUAGAAUGUCAAUGUGUGGUGUAGGUGUUAGCGUAGUAUGUUGUGGUUAUAUAGAAACCCCAAUGAGCGAGCCAUUACAAGAAGAAUUAGUGUUUUCUGUAAAGCCUGAAGAAGCUGCUAAAAUUACAAUUAGGGGUGUAGAAGCCAAUCAAGCAUAUAUAGGAUUCUCACGUAGGAUGUUAAUUAUGACCCAGUUAAUCCACCUAAUUCCAGGAAAUCUCAAAGAUACCUUUAAUAACUUUCUUAACAAAAGUUGGCCUUUCCAUGACUAUAAU